AUGCCUGUGAUGAAAGGAUUACUUGCGCCGCAGAACACGUUUCUGGACACCAUAGCCACACGGUUUGACGGCACACACAGCAACUUCAUCCUGGCUAAUGCCCAGGUGUCCAAGGCCCAAGGCUUCCCUAUUGUCUACUGUUCAGAUGGCUUCUGUGAGCUCACAGGCUUCUCCCGCACUGAAGUCAUGCAGAAGAGCUGUGCCUGUAAGUUCCUUUACGGCCCAGAGAGCAGCGAGACUAUCAUCCUCAGCAUCGACGAAGCCCUGGACGAACGCAAGGAGUUCAAGGAAGAGAUCAUGUUCUACAAGAAGACAGCGGUUAUAGCUGCUGACCCCGGCACACAUAAUGUGUUCGGGGACCCCCCUGCUCUGCCGGAGUACAAGGUGGCGGACGCCAAGAAGUCCAAGUUCAUCCUGCUUCACUUCAGCACCUUCAAGGCAGGCUGGGAUUGGCUGAUCCUGCUGGCCACCUUCUACGUUGCCGUGACAGUGCCCUACAACGUCUGCUUCAUCGGUGACGAUGACCUCACCAGGAGCACUUCAGUCAGCGACGUUGCCGUGGAGAUACUCUUUAUUAUAGACAUUGUGUUCAGUUUCCGUACCACGUACGUGAGUAAGUCUGGUCAGGUGAUCUUCAACGCACGGUUGAUCUGCAUCCACUACAUGACCACGUGGUUCAUCAUCGACCUGGUCGCCGCGCUGCCCUUUGACCUCCUCUACGCCUUUAAAGUCAGCGUGGUAUCAGUAGUCCACCUGUUGAAGACAGUGCGUCUGCUCCGGCUGCUGCGUCUGCUCCAGAAGAUGGACCGGUACUCCCAGCACAGUACUGUGGUUCUCACCCUGCUCAUGUCCAUGUUCGCCCUGCUGGCCCACUGGAUGGCUUGCAUCUGGUACGUCAUCGGCAAGAAGGAGAUGGAGGCAAACGCCUACUCCUGGGACAUCGGCUGGCUCCAUGAGUUGGGGAAGCGUCUGGAGUCUCCCUACGACCCCCUGGGGGAGGUGAACGGGACGGGGCUGAGCGGACCUUCUCUGAGGAGUGUCUACAUCGCUUCUCUCUACUUCACCCUGUCCAGUCUGACCAGCGUCGGCUUCGGCAACGUGUCGGCCAACACCGACGCUGAGAAGAUCUUCUCUAUCUGCACAAUGCUCAUCGGAGCGUUGAUGCACGCCCUGGUGUUUGGUAAUGUGACAGCCAUUAUUCAGAGGAUGUACUCUCGCUGGUCCCAGUACCACACCCGCACCAAGGACCUGAAGGACUUCAUCCGGGUCCACCACCUGCCCCAGGGCCUCAAACAGCGCAUGCUGGAGUACUUCCAGACCACAUGGUCUGUCAACAACGGCAUUGACUCCAACGAGCUGCUGAAGGACUUCCCAGACGAGCUGCGCUCCGACAUCACCAUGCACUUGAACAAGGAGAUCCUGGAGCUGUCACUGUUUGCCUCGGCCAGCAGAGGGUGCCUGCGCUCCCUGUCCCUGCACAUCAAGACCACGUUCUGCGCCCCCGGGGAGUACCUGCUGCGCCAGGGGGAUGCCCUGCAGGCCAUCUUCUUCGUCUGCUCUGGGUCCAUGGAGGUGCUGAAGGACGGCAUGGUGCUGGCUAUACUGGGUAAGGGUGACCUGAUCGCCAACAUGUCUAUAGAUGACCGGGUGAUAAAGACCAACGCAGAUGUGAAGGCCCUAACCUAUUGUGUGCAGUGUAUCAACCUGAGUGGUCUGUAUGAGGUACUGGACCUCUACCCAGAUAAACACCAGCCGCUUGUCCAGGACAUCCAGCUGGAUCUCACAUACAACCUGAGGGAGGGACACGAGUGCCAUUCAGAGGGGAGAGGCAACGGACGAGUGAUCCAGUACUAUCCAUCCAUCAUCGAGAACCAGGUGCAGGAGGAAGAGGAUGAGGAAGAUGAGCUGGUGUCUGUGUCUCCAGAAUCGGAGCGGAACAUCGUUCUGUACCCCAGAGUGGUGUCAUCUGGGAAGUCUCCACUAGGUAGAGCUGAGAUGGAGAGAGAGUUGCACAGUGGCAGAGAAGUAACACAUCAGAACACUAGGAAACUGAGGAAGAAGAUCAAGAUCCACCAGACAGCUCUCACCACGCUAGACCGCUCCAACCUCAGCCCUAGGGUUGUGGACGGUACAGAAGACAAUGAAGAUCAGCACGGCAGAGGUCAGCAGCUAAAGCUGAGGAGACCUGGACAACUACGACACCUAGACCAGGAGGUGAGUUCUCUGGGGAAGGAGGUGGCAGAGCUGGGCCAAGUAAUGAGGAGUAUGGCUCACCUGAUGGAGUCCCUCAUCUCCGGACCCCAACCCCUCUAUCCUGCACACUGCUCCUACCCCUCUCAGACUGAACCUCUCUGGGCAGACACCCCCCUCACGACCCUCUCUUCCUGCAUCUCUCCACCCUUUGGCCUGGCCCAGCGGCAUCCUGGGAUGUUCCAUGUGGAUCCCGCCCUCACCGCCAUUCCACACAGUCCCCAAGAUCUCCACCCGGCCCCCUCCCGCCUCUCGCCUCCCUACCCCUCCUCCUUCUCCCUCACGGACACCUCCACAGAGCCCCUGUUGCCCUCUUCUCCUGGGACACCCCACUGUGAAUGGGGAGGGGGCGCUGGGUCCUCCAGGUCGCGGGCACACAGUUUGGAGACCCCACAGCCACCUUGUGACAGGAGAGGAGGAGGAGGGGUCGUUGCGGUCACCCCUCAGAGCUCCAGAAGCCUGCCCCGCCCUGGAGGGAGCUACCAGCACAUGGAUUUAUAG